AGUCUUACGUGCUUCUAAUCACGGGCGUGGGAGCGUGGGGUGCAAAACGGGUCCCUUUUAUCUCGGUUCGCUUCCGGCGUCAUGGCGCAAAGGGCCUUCCCGAAUCCUUAUGCCGAUUAUAACAAAUCUCUGGCCGAAGGCUACUUUGAUUCUGCUGGGAGGCUGACCCCUGAGUUCUCCCAGCGUUUGAACAAUAAGAUUCGGGAACUUCUUCAGCAAAUGGAGAGAGGCCUGAAGUCAGCAGACCCUCGGGAUGGCACUUGUUACACUGGCUGGUCAGGUAUUGCUGUGCUUUACUUACACCUCUACGAUGUGUUUGGGGACCCUGCCUACCUGCAGAUGGCACACGGCUAUGUAAAGCAGAGUCUGAACUGUCUGAGCAAGCGUUCCAUCACCUUCUUGUGCGGGGAUGCAGGCCCUCUCGCAGUGGCCGCUGUGCUGCAUCACAAGAUGAAGAAUGAGAAGCAGGCAGAGGACUGCAUCACACGGCUGAUUCAUCUACAUAAGAUUGAUCCCCAUGCUCCAAAUGAAAUGCUGUAUGGACGAAUGGGUUACAUCUAUGCACUUCUUUUUGUGAAUAAGAACUUUGGAGUGGAAAAGAUUCCUCAAAGCCAUAUUCAGCAGAUUUGUGAAACAGUUUUAACCUCGGGAGAAAACCUGGCUAGAAAGAGAAACUUCACAGCAAGUACUCCACUGAUGUAUGAAUGGUACCAGGAAUAUUACGUGGGGGCUGCUCAUGGCCUGGCAGGAAUUUAUUACUUCCUAAUGCAGCCCAGCCUUCAAGUGAGCCAAGCGAAGUUACACAGUUUGGUCAAGCCCAGUGUAGACUACGUCUGCCAGCUGAAAUUCCCUUCUGGCAAUUACCCUCCAUGUGUGGAUGAUAAUCGAGAUCUGCUUGUCCAUUGGUGCCAUGGUGCCCCUGGAGUAAUCUACAUGCUCAUUCAGGCCUAUAAGGUGUUCAGAGAGGAACAAUAUCUAAGUGACGCCUACAAGUGUGCCGAUGUGAUCUGGCAAUAUGGGCUGCUGAAGAAAGGAUAUGGACUGUGCCAUGGUGCUGCGGGCAAUGCCUAUGCCUUCCUGACGUUAUACAACCUCACCCAGGAUGUGAAGUACCUGUAUAGGGCCUGUAAGUUUGCUGACUGGUGCUUAGAUUAUGGAGAGCACGGAUGCAGAACCCCAGACACCCCAUUCUCCCUCUUUGAAGGAAUGGCUGGAACAAUCUACUUCCUGGCUGACCUGCUUGUCCCAGUGAAAGCCAGGUUCCCUGCCUUUGAAUUAUAAAAGGAAAGCAUGCACCCUGCAAUUCACCGCAUGACCCACUCCGUAUAUUCAAAUCUGGGCUAAGUGCUUCCAUUGCCUUUCAGUGAAACAUGGAGUCAAAACUGUGUACUUGGUUGAGUUGAUUUUUUUUCUAAAUUUCCCUUUGGUUCAGUUCCUUUUCCUUACCUUUUCCUUUUUAUUUAAAAGGACCCAAGGUAAUAUUUUAACUCUAGUUGCUUUAUUCCUAAAGGGAGAGUAGGUGAUAUGUACAGAAUUCUGAGGGCAGGUGUGUACAUAUCUGUCAGACCUUGGAAGAAUUCUUAAUCUUAUUUAAGCUUAUCAUUAUGACAGUCUGUUACUAUUCUGAGAACUUUUAAAAGAAACUAAAU